AGGAACAGGUGUUCAGGUGAUGCACCUUACUGAGAGCACAUAACAUUCAAAAUUAAUCUCCAGACACGUACGAGUAAGACUUUUAUCAUAAAGUGUUCCGUUUGCAAAACUCACUUCACCCGCUGUGUGAGCGCAGGGGAGACAGGAACUACUGUUUAACAUGAAGACAAGAAACGCUCGGGAAGGCGGAAUAGUCGCUGAACAACUGCAAGCUUUGGGUUCCAGAGGCCUCGGGGAGAGGAGACUGCAGCAGCUGGAGUCGCACAGCGAUCGCUGGGCCACCGAGCUGCCCGGAGCAGGGGAAACUGCAAACAUCAGACACCUUACUUCUUCAGCAAGUCUAAAGGAUCAGCAACUCCCUUCCUGUUCUGAACUACCUGACCAGCCAGAUUCUCUGGCAGGAAUGGAAAACUGGGUCACUGAGAUAUUCAAGAUAUGGGAACACAAUGGAGGACCAUUACCAUUUACAGAAUGUUCACUUUUAUCCAGAAAGAUUGGACAGCUUUUGGGAUUGCCUUUUUCUCUGCCAUCAAGUGCAGAAAGCAAUUGGACAACUUCUGCUUCUGAUAGACAGCUAUUCUGCAGACCGGAGAGAACACACAAAUACCUCCGUGCUAGUAUCUAUGGCUCAACUGUGUAUGAUCUCACAGAGAAGGAUAGAAUACGCAACCAAGCCACAGAUAUUCAGCUGGGUCGACCAACCAGAUCAAGUCUUCUAAGAGCCAGACAUUGCUCUCUAUCAACAUUCAAUGACAAAAAUAGCAGAGAAAAGAGACAAAGAUCAUGUGAUUUCUCUGCAAUCAGAUGUCACCAGUAUAUGAAAGCGCUGAAACCAGUACCUAACUCUUCAGGAGAGAACAUCCAUUCAUUUUUGAUCGGUGCACGAUACAACAGAACAAAUUACUUGGAUUCUAAAGCUGUAGAAAGACAUGGUCUAUUCAUCUGUCGUAACAAACCAUACAUUCACUUUAUCGUGGAUCAUGGAAGAAAACAAAAUAAAAAGAUACAGACACAAGAAGUAUCGACAUUGCUAGAAGAACCUAUUGUACAACUUAAGCAAGGCAUUUCACCAAAGUACAGAAGUGAAAAUGAUGUCCCUCCUGUCCCUGAGAUUGACCGCUUAAACAGCAAAGUCAAGAAAAUGAAGAAAAGUAAAAAUCAGAAACUGGGACAUAAGAAGCCUGCAGAAAUGCUCACCAGAAAACUUUCUGAAACCUCCAAAAUGCCUAACCAGAUGUACAAAAAUAAUAAUUCAGUUAUGCACAUGGUUCCGAACAAAUGUCAGUACAGAACAAUUGUGUGUGCUGCCGCAGAUUUGAACCACUCUUCCAGCUUGUUGGUAAAUGCCAUGAAGCCUUUAGUCACUUGCCUAGUGCCUCCCACAACUCGUUCUUCAAGAUAAAAUCCAUGGAGCUGUUCAAUUGCUGAUGAAAUAUGUAAAGAAGUUAGAACAGGUGGCUGUUGAGCACUGAGCAAAAUCCCAUUAAUCUAAGAGCAAAUGAUGGCCAUUUUGCAGAAGAAAAGGAUUCCUUUAGUGAGAGACAAUCAGUAGAGUCUUUGGAAAGGUUUUAAAUCAAGUGAAGAACAUGUAGCAGAAAGCAGUCAUCUUCAUUUUCCACAAGAAUCAUAUUUUGUGGUAUGAAGCAAGAGAUUAUGUAAGUCUUUGUCCUUUUGAACAAGCAGAUCUAGGACAUGGUUAACUCAAUGAAUGGUAAUAACAGUGAUUCCAGGGACAAUUAAAUAGUGCCAUUUGAAAUCUUUUAAUGAGUUGUAAUCACAUAAUAGCUUUGGUAUAUUUUAUUUCGA